AUGGCAGGGCGAGAAAAAAGCAAAACCAGCCUUUCAUGCCCUGCGCGCACGUCCCCAAUAAACGCAUCGCCGAGCGGGCGUUGCGAAAAGCCGGGCUGCGUUGUGCCAAUAACCUGCUGUGUGACCGCCGGCUUUGCUGCCGCCGGCGCUGUUACGCAAGCGCUGGGCUGGGCGCUGCUCCGUGCGGCGGGGCUUCGGGCCUCUGCUUUUCCAUCGCUGUGCGAUAAAUGUGGCGGCUUUUUCCAGUCCUAUGCAGUGGAAGUAGAUGUAAAGGAUGCCUCUAAUGUUACAUGCUUGUACGCACAAUGGAUGAUGAAAUUCUUGAUAAAAUAUGAAACAAACAGUAGUGAUUAUAAAAAUGCAAGCUUGGAUUUGACAUCCACUGUGACACACAACGGAAGCAUCUGUGGCAGUGACACACGGGCUGCGCUUCUGGCAGUGCAGUUUGGAGAUGGUCACUCUUGGAGUGUUAACUUCACAAAAAACAACGGAACUUACCGGGCUGAGUUUAUCACAUUUACCUACAACACCAAUGAUACUGCUGUCUUUCCUGAUGCUAGAAGACAAGGACCAGUUACAAUUGUUGUAAAGGAUGCUAUGCAUCCAGUUCAAGUGGAUAAUGUCUUUGUGUGUCAUCAUACUAUCUCUUUUGAAGCAGAAAAUGUAACACAGAUUUUCUGGAAUGUUACUAUGCAGCCUUUUGUUCAGAAUGGCACAAUUAGUAAAAAAGAGUCUAGGUGUUCUGCUGAUACACCUACUGCUGCACCUACUGUUCUGCCUACUGUUGCCAAUGUAACUACUGCAUCUACCACCAUUUCACCUGCUCCAACCACCGCUCCCAAACCUGAGAAUCCAGUCACAGGAAACUAUUCUCUUAAAACUGGAAACAAAACUUGUCUUCUGGCUACUGUGGGGCUGCAGCUGAAUAUUUCCCAAGACAAGCCUCUUCUGAUCAACAUCGAUCCGAAAACAACUGGUGCAGAUGGAACAUGUGGUAACACAUCAGCUACUUUGAAAUUGAAUGAUGGAAAUAGGACAUUAAUUGAUUUCAUUUUCGUUGUUAAUGCAAGUGCAAGUGUACAAAAAUUUUAUCUGAAAGAGGUGAACGUUACACUACUCAACCAUCAGAACGGUUCUGUCAUUUUAAGUGCAGAUAACAACAACUUCAGCAAAUGGGAUGCUUCCCUUGGUAAUUCUUAUAUGUGCCGUAAGGAGCAAACUCUUGAGAUUAAUGAAGAUCUUCAAGUACAUACUUUUAACCUAUGGGUUCAACCAUUCCUUGUGAAAGAAAAUAAAUUCUCAAUAGCUGAAGACUGCAGCCCUGAGGUGGACUACUUCAUUGUACCUAUAGCAGUAGGAGCAGCUUUGGGAGGAUUAGUUGUCCUAGUAAUUGUGGCUUACCUUUUGGGCCACAAGAAACACCAUAAUGCUGGAUAUGAGCAGUUUUAAAACGGGAAAGUUUUUAACUUUCUUGAAGUAAAUUACUAAAUCUGAACUCAAAAGACUCAGAGCAGCAGCUCUGCCCUGUCAGACCACUUGCUAAAGCCAGCACAUGGCUAAGAACUGAUGUGGAAUUCAUUGUUGUGGUUUAUUUUUUUUUCUUUGCAAAUAGCACAGAGUAUAUCCUAUUCAUAAUCAACUGAUGAGUGGAUCGCUUUUUCUCUAAAAUACUACACAUCAAAUUUCAGAAUUGUAAAGACAUGCAGUGGCAUUAUAUGAAUAAACAUGGUUUUGUUCUGGACUGUGGAGACGGCAUUUGAUGUGUGCUUGUGGAUGUUGAGUAUUAAUGUAUAUAACCUGUCAUACACUGCGGUUUGUUUUAAUUAUUAUUGACUGUGCCUUAUAUACAGUUUACUAAGUAUUGUAACUGUGCUCUAAGAUACCAAGAUUUCUGGUCUUUUAGCUUAAAGAUGCCAUGGCAGUAGUUCUCAUGGAUUUUUUCAGCCGGUGAAUGAACGCCUCCUUUUAAAAAAUAAAAGUAAAAUUUUAUUGUAGUUUUCUCUACGGAAUACCUUAAACCAAUGGAAAAAAAAAAGAAAAAACACUUAUUAGUUGCUUCUCGUGAUUGUAAUUAAAAGGGAAGAUGGCUUUUCACAUCAGGCCCAAAAAUCUUGGUAGCCAAAAUUUCUGAUUAUUUUGAACGUCUGUUGAAUGAAAUGGCUAAAACACUCAGCCCCCAUCCAUACAGCCUAAACAUGGAGGCUGCUCAUGGUGAUGUGCAGUUGUCCAGGUCUGUCUCUGCAGAUGCUUCUCUGAAGCUUCUAAUGCCUGUGCUGUGGCAACACGUGGAUAAGUGUGAGCCAACAGCAGUGGCAAACUUAUGAGAGCUGAAAGAUGGGAUGUUCCUGGUAUCAAACAUUAAACCUUUUCUGUACUGUCAGUGUCCUGCAACAGUGCUGUAUUAUAAUACGUGUUAAAGCAAUUGAUUUCCUAUUAAGAAGAGAAGAAUGGAAUUCCUUUGCUGUCUGCUGGGUACCUUUUGUCCCUAGCAAAUUCUUUUGUAGUAACAGCCCGUUACCCAGCAUGUAGUAAUUAAACUGCGUAUGUUGGUCUCCAGCGAUCCGAGGUGCCUGAACACAUAGCACAAUUGAAGCUUCUCUUUCAAGGCACUUCAGUGCUUUUUUCAGCAGUUGGAAUGACUUUGCUUAGCUCGUGGUGUAAGUUACACAUUCUGUUCCUUUUCCCCACUUUGGAGCAUUGCUCAGCUUGGCAGUAGGUGCCUUCAGCUUUGCCAGGGCUCAGUGUUCUUAGGUGCUGAGUUUCCGUGUGUCUUGCUUACCUACCUCCAAACAAAAGCCUUACACAGCCUUUCUUGGAAAGUCGCUGUGCUGGACUGCAAACUUCCCAUCACCAAGGCUGAUUCAGAUGCUCAGAUAGCUUCAAUACUCACUUAACUGCCAAUAACUUUGGGCAAAGUGUGAUGCUUGCUGUGUUCUAAUAUAAACUCAAGCAAAAAAAAAACAGACGAAAAACCUGCUGCAAAAGCAGAAAGCCAAGCACCCUUGCCACCCUUGCAGUGCUGGAGCAGCGUGCUGACACGGUGUCUCACCUUAUGGAGCGUUUCCUCUUGGCACCGUGCACAGAGCUCUGCUCUAUCUUGAAAUGGGUACAGAGUGCCAAGCCCUGCUUCUGUGCCUGCUCACGGUGCACCAUGGAGUUUGGAAUGAGUUCCCAGCGUUGGUUGCUAAAAGUUGCUCUGAGUGUUUGCAUCGCACAGGAGUUCAUUGCAUCCUUUCCAACUGGUGUAUUGAAAGCCACUGCAGUAUUACAGCUGUCUCCUCUUUGUUCUCUGCUGUUGGUUUUGGUCAGGCCUGCGUCAUUCUCUGCUGACAUCGAUAACACCUUUCUUGUAUUUGUAUUGAAAAUAAAUGAAUUUACCCACCCAAA